AUGGGUGCGUGUGCAGCCUCUGAAGACAUCCAGGGCUUCAAGGGCGUCGUGCUGACCACAUCCAAUCCAUUCUCAGGUGCGUGUGCAGCCUCUGAAGACAUCCAGGGCUUCAAGGGCGUCGUGCUGACCACAUCCAAUCCAUUCUCAGGUGCGUGUGCAGCCUCUGAAGACAUCCAGGGCUUCAAGAGCGUCGUGCUGACCACAUCCAAUCCAUUCUCAGGUGCGUGUGCAGCCUCUGAAGACAUCCAGGGCUUCAAGGGCGUCGUGCUGACCACAUCCAAUCCAUUCUCAGGUGCGUGUGCAGCCUCUGAAGACAUCCAGGGCUUCAAGGGCGUCGUGCUGACCACAUCCAAUCCAUUCUCAGGUGCGUGUGCAGCCUCUGAAGACAUCCAGGGCUUCAAGAGCGUCGUGCUGACCACAUCCAAUCCAUUCUCAGGUGCGUGUGCAGCCUCUGAAGACAUCCAGGGCUUCAAGAGCGUCGUGCUGACCACAUCCAAUCCAUUCUCAGGUGCGUGUGCAGCCUCUGAAGACAUCCAGGGCUUCAAGAGCGUCGUGCUGACCACAUCCAAUCCAUUCUCAGGUGCGUGUGCAGCCUCUGAAGACAUCCAGGGCUUCAAGGGCGUCGUGCUGACCACAUCCAAUCCAUUCUCAGGUGCGUGUGCAGCCUCUGAAGACAUCCAGGGCUUCAAGAGCGUCGUGCUGACCACAUCCAAUCCAUUCUCAGGUGCGUGUGCAGCCUCUGAAGACAUCCAGGGCUUCAAGAGCGUCGUGCUGACCACAUCCAAUCCAUUCUCAGGUGCGUGUGCAGCCUCUGAAGACAUCCAGGGCUUCAAGGGCGUCGUGCUGACCACAUCCAAUCCAUUCUCAGGUGCGUGUGCAGCCUCUGAAGACAUCCAGGGCUUCAAGGGCGUCGUGCUGACUACAUCCAAUCCAUUCUCAGGUGCGUGUGCAGCCUCUGAAGACAUCCAGGGCUUCAAGGGCGUCGUGCUGACCACAUCCAAUCCAUUCUCAGGUGCGUGUGCAGCCUCUGAAGACAUCCAGGGCUUCAAGGGCGUCGUGCUGACCACAUCCAAUCCAUUCUCAGGUGCGUGUGCAGCCUCUGAAGACAUCCAGGGCUUCAAGAGCGUCGUGCUGACCACAUCCAAUCCAUUCUCAGGUGCGUGUGCAGCCUCUGAAGACAUCCAGGGCUUCAAGGGCGUCGUGCUGACCACAUCCAAUCCAUUCUCAGGUGCGUGUGCAGCCUCUGAAGACAUCCAGGGCUUCAAGAGCGUCGUGCUGACCACAUCCAAUCCAUUCUCAGGUGCGUGUGCAGCCUCUGAAGACAUCCAGGGCUUCAAGGGCGUCGUGCUGACCACAUCCAAUCCAUUCUCAGGUGCGUGUGCAGCCUCUGAAGACAUCCAGGGCUUCAAGAGCGUCGUGCUGACCACAUCCAAUCCAUUCUCAGGUGCGUGUGCAGCCUCUGAAGACAUCCAGGGCUUCAAGGGCGUCGUGCUGACCACAUCCAAUCCAUUCUCAGGUGCGUGUGCAGCCUCUGAAGACAUCCAGGGCUUCAAGGGCGUCGUGCUGACCACAUCCAAUCCAUUCUCAGGUGCGUGUGCAGCCUCUGAAGACAUCCAGGGCUUCAAGAGCGUCGUGCUGACCACAUCCAAUCCAUUCUCAGGUGCGUGUGCAGCCUCUGAAGACAUCCAGGGCUUCAAGGGCGUCGUGCUGACCACAUCCAAUCCAUUCUCAGGUGCGUGUGCAGCCUCUGAAGACAUCCAGGGCUUCAAGAGCGUCGUGCUGACCACAUCCAAUCCAUUCUCAGGUGCGUGUGCAGCCUCUGAAGACAUCCAGGGCUUCAAGGGCGUCGUGCUGACCACAUCCAAUCCAUUCUCAGGUGCGUGUGCAGCCUCUGAAGACAUCCAGGGCUUCAAGGGCGUCGUGCUGACCACAUCCAAUCCAUUCUCAGGUGCGUGUGCAGCCUCUGAAGACAUCCAGGGCUUCAAGGGCGUCGUGCUGACCACAUCCAAUCCAUUCUCAGGUGCGUGUGCAGCCUCUGAAGACAUCCAGGGCUUCAAGAGCGUCGUGCUGACCACAUCCAAUCCAUUCUCAGGUGCGUGUGCAGCCUCUGAAGACAUCCAGGGCUUCAAGGGCGUCGUGCUGACCACAUCCAAUCCAUUCUCAGGUGCGUGUGCAGCCUCUGAAGACAUCCAGGGCUUCAAGAGCGUCGUGCUGACCACAUCCAAUCCAUUCUCAGGUGCGUGUGCAGCCUCUGAAGACAUCCAGGGCUUCAAGGGCGUCGUGCUGACCACAUCCAAUCCAUUCUCAGGUGCGUGUGCAGCCUCUGAAGACAUCCAGGGCUUCAAGAGCGUCGUGCUGACCACAUCCAAUCCAUUCUCAGGUGCGUGUGCAGCCUCUGAAGACAUCCAGGGCUUCAAGGGCGUCGUGCUGACCACAUCCAAUCCAUUCUCAGGUGCGUGUGCAGCCUCUGAAGACAUCCAGGGCUUCAAGGGCGUCGUGCUGACCACAUCCAAUCCAUUCUCAGGUGCGUGUGCAGCCUCUGAAGACAUCCAGGGCUUCAAGGGCGUCGUGCUGACCACAUCCAAUCCAUUCUCAGCAGCAGCGUGUGAGCUCACUCGGGAAGAGGCUUUGAUACAGCACGAAAAAUGUCUGAAGGGAGAAGCUCAGGAGACCGUUCCCUUCCUGUUGAAUGAUUCGAGGAAUCUGCAACUGAUUGUCGACAAAUUGGAGAAAAAGCCUGGAAAUCCUUAUCAUGACGAUGAUGUAGAAAUUGAUUGA